CUUUCAUCCCCCCUUCAGCUAGUCUUCCUUGUCAAAUAUAUAAUUUCCAGAAGCACCUAAUCUCAAAUCAGUCGUCGGUUAUUGAACUGAAUCUAAGUGUUUAAAAAUGAAUGAACUAGACAGGGAACAAAUAAUUAUGCUCAAAUCUACAUUUGAUGCUUUUGAUAUUGAACGGAAGGGGUAUAUCGAAGCAGACAUGAUAGGAACCAUAAUCGAAAUGCUUGGUACGAGAGUAACUGCUGCUGACUUGGAUAAGAUUAUUGACGAGAUUGACGAAGACGGCAAUGGAGAAGUCAGCUUUGAAGAAUUUGCUAAUCUAGCUGCAAAAUUCAUGGUUGAAGAGGAUGAAGAUACAGAAGCUAUUCAGUUAGAGUUGAAAGGAGCCUUUCGAUUGUAUGAUAAAGAAGGGAAUGGAUUUAUAACAAUUGAAGUUUUGAGAGAAAUCUUAAGAGAAUUAGACGAAAAGCUGACCGAAGAUGAUCUUGACAAUAUGAUUGAUGAGAUUGAUGCUGAUGGAUCCGGGACAGUAGACUGGGAUGAAUUUAAGGCAGUGAUGAUUGGUUGAAGAAAUAUGACAUUGGCAAUUUCAGCAUUUAUUUAAUACUUUUCUCACACUUUUGUAAAUAAUUCUUAAUAUCGUUUAAAAAAAUAUGUAAAAUAAAGUUAUUGCAUCCUUUUGUUUUUGAUU